ACAUAACGCUCUAUCCUCAAAUUAGGCGGCAACACUCUCUCAUCCGAUCGAGCUCUCUCUAUCGCCGCGUUCUCAUCGAGCAACAUGAGUUCCUCCGUAGACGGCAGGCCUGCCCUUUCGUAUGCCUUUGCAAUCAGUCGCGUUGAGGUCCGUUCUCGGAGGGGAGGGAGGUCAGCUUGGGCGGGCGGUAAGACGAUCCUGUGGCCUUGCAGUGUUGACGUGCUCGGUACGAUGGCUGAGACGGGAUAGGCUCGCAGCCUGCCGAGUCUACCGAUAGUCUGCAUCAUCUCUCCAAGCCACCCUGACUUGCUUGGAUUCGGCUCCGGCUCUACUUUGCGGUCAAUUUGGGUUCAGACAAAUUUCCUCGACACGUCCGCCUCACGCACCCAAGCUGACCGAGCGAGCAAUGUCUAGGCUGGCUCGAGCGAGCAGACCCGUGUCGAGAGGAUGCGCAGCAUGCGAGUUCAGCACAUCUGCUUUCGUGCGAGCUGUACCGCCGAGCACAUCAGCAUCAGCCGAUGGCAGCUCUUCUUCCACCACGGCGAGAUCUGAGCAAGUGGGAGGGAGCAGCAGCGCCGUAGGCACAGGCAGGAAGAAGAACAAUGCUCAGCCUGCUCUGACCAACUAUGCCAAGUGGCUACGGACGGAUGGCAUCCAGUUCAAGCGACCCAGAACAGACGGUCAGCCCAAUUGGAUAGGAUCAUCUCCAUUCCCAGGCAAUCCGAGCUUCAGGCCGGCAACGCCUCUGUCCGAGCUGACCAAGAAUCGCAUCUUUGUCUCUUUCCAGAACAAACUGCGACAGAAUCUCCAGAGAGAUCGUCCCCUGUCCGAGCUGGCCAUCGUCAGAGAACUCGCCAACCGCCACCAGAUUGCGAUGGAUCGAGUCAAAGCUGUCAUCCGUCUCAAAGCCCUCUCGCUGGAAUUCAAACAGAACGGCUUACCACUUCAGACGACUUUCCGAGACGGUAUGGAACUCGCUCUCGGCGUCAGAGCCAACCAGAGCACGGCGAUCACCGAACCUGUCGAAGGCAAUGUAGAAAGGCGAGCAGGUCGACACCAGGUCUUUGAGAUGUACGACGAAGAAGCGGGCGACGGAGCUAUUCUGCUCAAGAUACAAGAAGAAAAGGCCAAACGGAGAGCCAAUGCUGAUGCCCUGCGUGCUUCCGGCAUCCUCGAAGGCAAACCUCUCGCGGUCGUCGAGCCAGUUCGACCGGGCAGGCCGAGACUGAGCGUACUCGACAUUACAGGCACACCAAAGGGUCGAACGCUCGAGCAGACCUACCGAAAUCUACCCAAAGCGAACAAGCAAAGGAUUGUACAAUAACGUGCGAUAUUGCAUGCCUGCAUUUGGACUUCUUGU